AGAGACAGAGAGCAUAGCAUGAAACGAGAGAUUAUGAGUCUGCAAGAGAGAGAAAGUAAAGUAAGACAAGGCAGAAAAGAAAGGGAGGAAGUCUGAUAAGCAGGCAGCGGAAAUGUGUUUGUUGUUUGAUUAGGUCCAGCCAGUGUCUAUUUAUUCAUCCAGAGACAAAUGCUAUGAGUGUGCUUGGGGAACAAAAACGUUAUGUGUCCACUCUCAGGAUCCAGCUGUCAGCACCCACAUCUGGAAGAGUCUCACACAACACCACUACACAGAGGAAGGUCUGGGAAAGACCACCCAACUCUGGAAACAACAAUGAGGACACGCCAAUUUUCCUUGAACCUCUGCAGGACUGUGUGGCUGACAGAGGAAGUGACAUCACAUUAAGGGGCAUCAUCACAGGGAGUCAGCCAAUUAGGGUAUCCUGGCUGCAUAAUGGUCAGAUGGCUCGAUUCGCUAAAUCCUCAUUCGUCAGUGGAGAGGCGAGGCUAGUUGUUAGGAAAUGUGUCCCAGAGGACGCUGGAGCUUACACUUGUGUAGCUGAAAAUGCUGCAGGAAAAACAUCCAGCAGCUCAGCGGUGUAUGUCAGAGAAACGUCCGUCGCCGCCGCAAACAAUCACGCACGUUCCUCUUCUUGUACCUCUGUUUUGGCAACUUGGGUCUCACAUGAGACCGGUUUAGAGGACAUCAGUGUGUUCAGAGGCUCGCAGUCACCUCAAAGUCCUCAAACACCAACAAGCCCGAGAGAGCUCCCGGUGAAGAGGAGAAGCAGCUCAGGGACAGCCGUCCCUCUGCAGAUUACGUCCUCUGGUGCUCAGGUGGAGGUGCGGGCGGGCGAGACGGCUCAUUUGAGCUGUACGUUCAAAGGCAACCCGCCGAUCGUUUCCUGUUGGAUUUAUAACAAAAAAGAGGUUCUCACGGACUCCAGGUUCAGGAUAGAGGGCAGCAGUGAGAGCAGCAGUCUGGUCAUCUCAGAGACUCGACCCGAGGACUCCGGACGCUACACGCUAGUCGCGCGAGACCGUAAAGGCUCCGCCCAGCACUCCCUCACACUGUCCGUCAUCGAGCGCCCGCAGCCUCCUGCCUCGUCCCCGGUGGUGCGUGUGCUCUCCUCACACUCCAUCGUCCUCUCCUGGACAGGGCCGUGUUACGACGGCGGUUCAGCCGUCACAAGUUACCUGGUAGAGGCUCAGCAAGUCAGCUCGACCGGGACAGGUCACUGGACCGAGCUCUCAGCCGGCUGUAAAAGCACGUCCCUCAGGGCGAGCUCUGGACUCCAGCCACAGGCGGAGUAUCGCUUCCGGGUCAGAGCCCGUAACGCUGUGGGACUCAGCGCCCCAGGUCCAGAGUCUCAGGUGAUCAGGAUGGACAGCGCAGGCGAGCCACAUACAGAGAAGAGAAACGAUUACGUCACCGUUACCAUCGAUGAGAAACACAAAGUCACUGACCACUACGACGUACUGGACAAACUGGGAGUAGGGAAGUUCGGUCAUGUGUAUCGCCUGAGCCAUAAGGAGACCGGUGAGGUGUUUGCUGGGAAGUUCUAUAAGGGUCGGCGUGCGAAAGAGAGAGACGCUGCCAAGAAAGAAAUCGAGCUGAUGAACUCCCUCCAUCAUCCCAAACUGGUGCAGUGCCUGGCAGCGUACGAUAGCAAGCCUGAAAUAGUGAUGGUCAUGGAGUUCAUUGCAGGUGGGGAGCUGUUUGAGCGUAUUGUGGAUGAUAACUUCGAGCACACGGAGCAAUCGAGCAUCGGUUACAUGCGUCAGAUCCUGCAGGGAGUUCAGUACAUGCACCAGCAGAACAUCGUGCACCUGGAUCUGAAACCGGAGAACAUCGUGUGCGAGGACAGAACCGGAUUUCAGAUUAAGAUUAUCGACUUUGGGCUUGCCUGCAAGCUGGACUCUUCAACUCCUCUGAAGGUGAUGCAUGGAACCCCUGAGUUUGUGGCUCCAGAGGUCAUCAACUAUGAACCUGUGCAUCUGACUACAGACAUGUGGAGCAUUGGAGUGAUCUGCUAUAUACUGUUGAGCGGGGAAUCUCCGUUCCAGGGAGACAGCGAUUCAGAGACUCUGGCUUCAGUGACUGCGGCCCAGUGGGAGUUUGACGAGGAGAGUUUUGAGGAUAUUACAAACCAAGCCAAAGACUUCAUCAGAUCUCUACUGCAGAAAAAUGUCAGGCAGCGGAUGUCCUGCGACGAAGCUCUGUCUCAUGCCUGGAUGGCGACGUCGGAGUCUGCAGACCCCGGCGCUGCCAAGAACCUCUCCAAAGACAAGAUGAAGAAGUUCUUAGCCAGGCAGAAGUGGAAGAAAACAGGCAAAGCCGUGCUGGCUCUGAAGAGGAUGGCCCUGCUGUCCAAAUCCGACAACUCUGCGUCUCUCCCUAGCCCCGUGGACGAUAACAAGCACGUCCUCAAGUCCCUGGAGAAGAGGAUGCAGUCCAAACCUGAGUUCAUUAAGACGCCGUUUGACUUGUCGGCCUUUGAGGACUCCACCGCACAGCUCGUCUGCCAUGUGACUGGUUACCCAGACCCCGAAGUGUUAUGGCUGAGGGAUGGUGAGGUGCUGGAGGAGCAGGAUGGAAGUGUGCAGGUGGAUUAUGAGGAAAACGGGAUGUGUGUCCUCACACUGGACAGCAUCAGCCUGCAGCACAGCGGCACGUACACAUGCAAAGCCACCAACGACCACGGGGACGCGCUCUGCUCUGCUAAAAUCACUGUAGUGGCCAGGACCACUUAGAUAGUUAAAUACAAAUUAACUAUCUGUUAAAUAUAUAUAUAUAUAUAUAUAUAUAUAUAUAUAUAUAUAUAUAUAUAUAGACACACACACACACACACACACAUACGUGCCUCACGGUCUCUGUCACUUUUUAUAUCCCUCUUUAUUCAACAGAAAUAUUCAUUUCUACACAAACGUUGGUUUCCUGUAACCCGUGGGCAUGAGGUUGUUGCACAAAAUGUCGAGUAUAUUUGAAAGUUAAUACAAUGUGAAUGCAAUGCUGAAAUUGUCAUUUGAAUAAGGUGUAAAUCCAUCACUGUCAUUUUGAUGUUUGAGAGCAGUUAUUAUUCACGCAUCCAUUUUGUAUCUUUUGCAUCCCACUUUGAGUUGUGUGACUUGUUUGUGCAAUGUGAUCAACAUGUAACAUGUGGCUUAAAAUAAAUAAAUACCCGGUAAUAUAUUCAUAAA